CCUCGGUGCCGCGAUCGGAGCCAUUUCGCCGCUGCCUCCAUGCGGGUUGUGGUGUGCUCCUGCGCUGUCUUUGUGGGAGAUCGGAGCUGCGAACUCUUCUGAAGAACUUGUGCUCUCGGGCACGAAGACGCGGAGGAGGCGGGUGUGAAGAAGACACCUGAAUCAUGGGUGACAUUAAAAAUUUUCUAUAUGCCUGGUGUGGCAAAAGGAAGAUGACCCCUGCCUAUGAAAUUAGAGCAGUAGGAAACAAAAACAGACAGAAAUUCAUGUGUGAGGUUCGCGUAGAAGGGUUUAAUUAUGCUGGUAUGGGAAAUUCCACGAAUAAAAAAGAUGCACAGAGCAAUGCUGCCAGGGACUUUGUUAACUAUUUGGUUCGAAUAAAUGAAGUAAAAAGUGAAGAAGUCCCAGUUGUUGGGAUCCAACCACCUCCACCCACACUUACUGAAUCAUCUGAUACCACGACAAGUACUGGAGAAGGUUUACCAACAACCAUGGGAGGUCCACUUCCUCCACAUCUAGCUCUCAAAGCAGGUAAGACACUUAAAUUGUGUGCACAUGAUUGA